AGCUCAGAAAGAUAUAAAAGCUCGAGUACACCAACAAGUAGCCAUCAGUAAUCACACAGUAGCAAGUCAAGCGUGACAAUUCAAGCUCAAAAAAAACAUAAAUCCUGCAAAUAUGAAGAACUCCGUUGCCAUUUUGCUGUGCGCCCUGAUCGGUCUGGCCUCCGCUGCCGAGUACAAGCUGCGUACCGCUGAGGAUCUGCAGAAGGUGCGCAAGGAGUGCGCCGAAGCCAACAAGGUGACAGAGGCCUUGGUGGCGAAGUACAAGACAUUCGAGUAUCCCGACGAUGAGAUCACCCGCAACUACAUCAAGUGCAUCUUCAACAAGUUCGAUCUGUUCGAGGACACCAAGGGUUUCAAGGUUGACAACCUUGUUGCGCAGCUGGGCCAGGGACGCGAGGACAAGACCGCGCUGAAGGCCGAUGUGGAGAAGUGCGCCGAUAAGAACGAACAGAAGUCGACUGCCAGCGCCUGGGCAUAUCGUGGCUUCAAGUGCUUCCUCAGCAAGAACCUGCCCCUUGUCCAGGCUGCAAUCCAGAAGAAGAACUAAGUUUAAGCAGUGAUUGUGCCUCUAGAGAAACCAUAUGCACACAACACUCUCUUCCAAGGAUCCGUGAAUGAUGAUCACUUACAAAACUGCACUUUGUUUCAAAUAUGAAAUAAAAAUCGUAUAAUAGCAAA